AUGAAGCAGCCGGCUGGCUUUACUGAUUCUCAAUUUCCAAAUCACAUUUGUCUUUUGAAGAAGGCUAUUUAUGGACUUAAACAAGCGCCGAGACAAUGGUUAUCUACAUUCUCUUCCUAUUUGCAUCAAUAUGGUUUUCAUACCAGUUCUGCCGAUCCUUCACUGUUGAUGUUUCAGCAUAAUUCUGAUCAAAUUUAUAUACUCAUAUAUGUGGAUGAUAUUUUGAUAACCGGUAAUUCACCGAAUGCAAUUGAUAAAUUAUUGGCAGCUUUACAAAAUCAAUUCUCAAUUCAAAAUCUGGGGCGUCUACACCAUUUUCUGGGGUUAACUGUUACUUAUACUCCUAAUGGACUACACUUGGAUCAAUCCAUGUAUGCUGCCACUCUUCUCCGCCGAGCUGCAAUGGAAAACUGUAAGCCUUUACUUACACCACUGCCUACCAAGUUUGUGACUCACUCUACAUCAGAAAUUCCAUAUGACAAUCUUGAGCAUUACCGGCAGCUUACGGGUGCCUUACAGUACUUGACCAUUACCCGUCCUGAUCUUUCUUAUGCCGUAAAUUUUUUGUGCCAACAUAUGCACACGCCACUUCAGUUACAUUACAAGCUUUUAAAACGGGUUCUUCGGUAUGUUAAAGGAACUCUCUCACUUGGGCUACCUAUUACUCCUUCCAAUCUUGAACUUCAAGGUUUUGCUGAUUCUGAUUGGGCCACGGAUCCUAUCACUCGUCGGUCGGUUACUGGAUAUUGUGCCUUUCUUGGCACGACUUUAAUUUCUUGGAUAGUUAAGAAACAAACUUUCGUCGCUCGUUCUUCUACGGAAGCUGAGUAUAGAGCGCUUUCCACUGCAGCUUGUGAUUUGAUCCGGCUAAGAAGGUUACUCUCUAAAUUUCAAGUGCAAUCUGUCGAGCCUACCAUUCUAUAUUGUGAUAACAUAUCUGCUUUAGCAUUGGCAAAUAAUCCAGUGUUUCAUGCACGCACAAAAAAUAUAGAGAUUGAUUUUCAUUUCAUCCGGGAUUGCAUUCGGAAUCGUCAUCUUGAAGUUCAACAUAUCUGUUCUACAGAACAGCCUGCUGAUCUCUUCACAAAGGCUUUAAGUGCUCAACGACAUCUUUACCUUUGUAACAAGCUAACACUACAAACUGCUACUGUUAGCUUGAGGGGAGCUGAUAAGGAGUCUUGA